UAUACAAACUCGACCCCGGCGAGUCAAGGCUUUUCCAUAUUAAUACAACAUAAAAGUGUGUGUGUGAUUGUAAUAUAUGUGUUGGUUCACGGGGAACUCGGCAGCUAAAAGUGCCAACAGCAGCAGCAGCAGCAGCAGCAACGUUGUGUAAUAAAUACGCUCGACCAGUGUCAGAGGCCACUCUGGUCUACUCUGUGCGAAAGAAAAGCGAACGAGACGCGUUUAUAAUACAUAUAUUUAUACACAUUAUACGGACGAGCGUGUACGCGUGUACACUAUAAACACAGGUCGUCGUAAAUAAAUACGCGCGCGCCGUGUACGUUCUAAACUGUCUCUCGCGCGCGCGCUCUCUACUGCCGUAAUAGCGCCUGCAAAAAUUCGACUCGUGUGUGUGUAACUGCCUGUUAAUUCGUGCGGUGAAUCAAAAGCUCUCUCGCGGUGGAGAGAUUACGAUAAGGUGCAACGAGACGCACGUGAUCGCAGAGUUGUAUACGACGGUGUCAUAGCGUUGCAGCGAGGCCAGUCCGACUCGCUAAACAAGAAGUAUAAGCUACAUUGCGAGGCAAUGUACUUAACCGAAUUACCUUUCGCUGUGGACCGUUGACCUUCUCCGGAAGAAAACAAAAUACCCGAUUAACCGACGAUAAAGGAACAUUAAGAAAUUAAAACGUCAUGGACGACAAGAUACACAAGGGAGUGAUCAAUCCCCGGCUCAAGGCGAAUCCGAUCAGUAAGCUGUUUUUCGGCUGGUUGAUACCGAUAUUCUGGCAGGGGAGAAAACAGGACUUGGAGCCGGAGGAUCUGCACGCGGUUUUACCAUGGGACAAGAGCGACCUCGCCGGUGCCGAUUUACAGAGACAGUGGGAAAUAGAACUUCAAGAAUCCGCAAAGAGAAACACGAAGCCGAGCUUGCAAAAAGCGAUACGUAGAACGUAUUUCAAGGAAUUCAUGUACAAUGGAUUGUACGCGGCGAUACUGACCAUAAUGGUCAAAAUGCUGCAGCCGAUCGCGCUGGGCUUCUUGAUCAGGCAUUUCUCCACGACGACGGAGCGCGACGAUCCCGACUCGAUCGUCAAGGCCUACUACUUCGCCACCGGGGUGAUAGCCAUGACCCUGUUCGAGUCCAUCAUAUUCUGCCACGUGACGUGGAGGCUGCGCGAGCUCGGCUACAAGCUGCGAGUCGCCAGCUCGGCGAUGAUCUACAAGAAGGUGCUCAAGCUGUCGUCGGAGUCGGCGAGCCAAGCGGGCGGCGGCACAGUCAUCAAUCUGCUCACCAACGACGUGGUGCGCUUCGAGCAGAUGUUCGUCUUUCUGCAUUACUUCUGGCUGAUGCCGCUGCAGGGACUGACCGUCUGCUACUACCUGUGGACGGAGAUAGGUACGCCCGCGCUGCCCGGGGUGCUGUUCAUGGUCUUUCAGACGGUGCCGUUUCAAGUCUACUGGGGCAAAAAGAUCCACAGCCUGCGCAAGAUCAUCACGGAGCGCGUGGAUCUGCGCGUGCUCCACAUGAACGAGAUCAUCAGCGGCAUACGCGUCAUCAAGAUGUACACCUGGGAGAAGGUCUUCAGCAAGAUGGUCUCCGAGGCUCGUCGACGCGAGCUCAAAGUCAUCGCGUUCACCAAUUACAUGAAGGGCGCCACCUGGGCCUCGUUCUCGUACGCCCAGCGCUCGGCCCUGUGCGUGACCAUCCUCUGCUACGUACUGAUGUCCGGCCGUACCAUCAGGGCGGACAUGGUGUUCUCGAUCGCCCAGUACUUCAGCACCCUGACCCUGACGAUGGCCGGACUGUUUCCGCGCGGCCUCAACUACUACGCCGAGGCCGUAGUGACGAUCAAGCGCGUCCAGACGUUUCUGCUGAUGGAGGAGAGCGGCUCCAAGGGGGUGGUGCCCUGCCGCGACGAGGACAACGCCCUCGAGCUGGACAAGGUGAGCGCCUCGUGGUCCAACAAGAGCCAGACCGACAAGGAGAUCAAGCAGAUGGUCGUGGAGCUGGACUUGGAGGUGCCGCAGGGAGAAUUGAUCGGAGUCGUCGGUAACGUGGGAACGGGAAAGAGCACGCUAUUGAAAAUAAUCCUGAACGAGCUGAAGCCCAGCAGCGGCGAGGUCCGCCUGGGUGGCACGGUUUCGUACGCCGCCCAAGAGCCCUGGCUGUUCAACGACACUGUGCUCAGCAACAUCCUCUUCGGCGAGCCCUACGACGAGAAGCGCUACCAGCAGGUGGUGAGCGCCUGCUGCCUCGAGGAGGACUUCAAGCAGCUGCCCCACGGCCAUCUCACCCUCGUGGGCGAGAAGGGCUCGGGGCUGUCGGGCGGCCAGUGCGCCCGCGUCAAUCUCGCCCGGGCCGUGUAUCGCGAGGCCGACAUCUACCUGCUGGACGAUCCGCUGGCCGCGGUGGAUCCCGCGGUGGCGAGGUCGCUCUUCGACCGCUGCGUGCUGCGGCUGCUGCGCGACAAGACCCGACUGCUGGUGACGCAUCAGACGCAGUUUCUGCGCGACGUCGAUCGCAUACUGCAAUUCGAGGCGGGCCGCGUGGCGUUCGACGGCGCGCCCGACGACUCGGCCCUGGAGAUGGCCGAGAGGAUUCGCCAAAACUCGAUCGGCGAAGGCAGCAAAGAAUUGAUCGAGCUCAUAAGGAAGAUGUCGAUUUGCGAGGUCAAGAGUGAGGACGGAAAGAGCGUGGUGGACGACGACGACGACGACGCGGAGCUGAACAUCGAGGAACACACCAAGCAGCAGCAGUCGGCGGCGGAGACGCAGGUAGGAGAAGGCGACGGCGAAGACGAGCCCCAAGAGACGCAGGAAUUCGUGGCCAAGGGAUCGGUGUCGAAUUCGCUGUACUGGAAGUACUUCAAGGCCAACGGCUCGAUUUGCAUGCUGAUCUGCCUGGCGCUCAUGUACGUCGUGGCCCAAUUGUUCAGCAGCGGUGCUGAUUAUUGGGUCGCCUACUGGGUAAAACACGAAGCCGAAGUCGAAAAGUAUUACAACCUGACGCUCGCCGUCAACACCACUCUGCCCCCCUCCUCCUCCAAGCCCGAAUCCUCCAGCUGGCAUCUCUAUCUCUACACGAUCCUCGUGAUGGGCAGCGUCUCGCUCACCAUCGGCCGCAACAUGCUCCUCUUUCGCAUCUGCAAGGACUCGUCCUUCCGCAUCCACGAGAUGAUGCUGGGCUGCCUGAUGCGCGCCCCCAUCAGCUUCUUCGAUCGCAACCCGUCGGGCCGCAUCAUCAAUCGUUUCUCCAAGGAUCUGAGCGCCGUCGACGAGACGCUUACGCAGGCGAUGAUGGAGAGCUUCCAGGUGCUCUCGAUCCUGAUCGGCGUCGCCGUGCAAGUGCUCGUCAUCAACUGGACCCUGAUCUUGCCCAUGACGGUGAUGAUCUGCAUCCACCUGUAUCUGCGCUUCGUCUACCUGGCGACGGCGCGCAGCGUCAAGCGGCUCGAGGGCAACGCCAAGAGCCCCGUGUUCUCGCACGCCAACUCGACCCUCCGGGGUCUGCUGACCAUCAGGGCCUGCCAAGCCGAGCGCAUGGUGACGAAGCAGUUCGACGAUCAUCAGGACUACCACACGGCGGCCUUCUCGCUGGUGCUGUCGACCAUGUCGGCCUUUGGCUUCUGGAUCGAUCUCGUCUCGGUGGCCUUCGUCGCCGUCGUCACCUACAGCUUCGUCAUUCUCAACGACUCGGACGGCGGCAAGGUGGGCCUGGCCAUCACCCAAGUGCUGGCCAUCACCGGCGUGCUGCAGCACGGCAUGAAGAUGGCCGCGGAAAUGGUCUCGCAGAUGAUCAGCGUCGAGCGUCUCUUUCAGUUCACCAAGCUCGACGAGGAGGGUCCCUACGAGACACCGAAUACCGAGCUCGUGCCCAAGGACUGGCCCAGUCGGGGCGAGGUGCGCUUCGAGAAACUCUACCUGACGUAUCAGGGCUCCCAGGAUCCCGUGCUCAAGGAUCUCAACAUCGUGAUCGAGUCGGGCAUGAAGGUGGGCAUCGUCGGGCGCACGGGCGCCGGCAAGUCGUCCCUCAUCGCGGCCCUCUUCCGUCUCACCGCCACCCGGGGCAAACUCUACAUCGACGGCGUCGACACCGCGAGCAUAGGGUUGCGCGCUCUGCGACGCAAAUUGUCCAUCAUACCGCAGCAGCCGAUGCUGUACACGGCCUCGCUGCGCGACAAUCUCGAUCCCGAGCACAAGUUCGAGGACAGCGAGCUCUGGUCGGCCCUGAGGGACGUCGAGCUGAACAAGUCGUUCACCUCCCUGGAUCAGCAGAUCGAGCAGAGCGGCAACAAUCUCAGCGCCGGUGAGAAGCAGCUGCUCUGCUUGGCCAGGGCCAUCGUGGAGAAGAACAAGAUACUGGUGCUGGACGAGGCCACGGCCAACGUCGACCCCGAGACGGACAAGAUGAUACAGAGGGCCAUCCGGAGUAACUUUAAAAAUAAUACAGUAUUAACGAUCGCGCAUCGGCUGAACACGAUCAUGGACAGCGACCGAGUCCUCGUGAUGGAGUUCGGCUGCGCCGUGGAGUACGGCCAUCCGUACCUGCUGCUGACCGAGAUGGAGAACGGAUACUUCUCGGACAUGGUGAGAGAGACCGGCGACGAAAUGGCCCACAAAUUGCGACGAGUGGCGGAAAAGGCUUACAAGGGAGAGCCGUUGGAAGGUGAAGAGAUCGACGCCGGCAAGGAUAAGGACGUGUGAAUUUUUAUCAAUUUGAAUUGA